AUGCCGCGCCAGCUGCGUCGCGAAGACUAUACAGUAGGAUGGGUGUGUGCCCUGCCCAUUGAACUGGCGGCUGCGCAGGAGAUGCUCGAUGAAGAACACCUCGACCUCAAGCACGACGCGUCCGACAACGACGAGAACCUCUAUGCACUAGGCUCGAUUGGCGGCCACAAUGUCGUCAUUGUGUGUCUGCCCGCUGGCCAGAUUGGCAAUAACCCAGCGGCUGCGGUGGCAAUGCAGAUGCGAGCGACGUUCAAGAAGAUCCAGUUUGGGCUGAUGGUAGGCAUUGGCGGCGGCGUCCCAAGUGCAGCAGACAUCCGGCUAGGGGACGUAGUGGCUAGCCAGCCCCAUGGGAUAUUUGCUGGAGUGGUACAGUACGACAUUGGCAAAAAUACACCGAGCGGUUUCGAGCGUACAGGGUCGCUAAACGCGCCUCCGAAGCUGCUGUUGGCAGCUCUUGUGCGAGUGAGGGCGAACGAGGUGCGCGGCAGAAGCAAGUUAUCUGAGCACGUUGCUAAGCUAGAGGGGAGCAUUGCUGAGUUUCAGCGUAGUGAGGCUGGGCCCGACGUGCUGUUCGAAGCAGCAUACGAUCAUGAAGCCGACGAUCGAGGAAAAGGGCAGACAUGCGACGGGUGGGACCUUAGCAGACAAAUCACUCGACGUACUCGUGACGCUAGGAAGAAAGUCGCGGUACACUAUGGAACUAUCGCGUCUGGUAACCAGGUGAUGCGGAGCGCUAUAGAGAGAGAUAGGGUUAGCACAGAGCUUGGCGGAGUACUGUGCUUUGAGAUGGAGGCGACAGGGCUGAUGAAUAGCUUCCCGUGUCUAGCUAUCCGCGGUAUCUGCGACUACGCAGACUCGCACAAGAAUAAGUGGUGGCAGCCAUAUGCAGCGGCGACGGCGGCCGCGUACGCCAAGGAAGUGCUGUUGACAAUUCCGCAGGCAGAGGUGUCCGAGUUGCGCACAGCGGAAGAUGCUACACAAUCCAAAAAACGCAACUCUGAACGCUCUCGUAGUCCUGAUGCCAAACGUAGGAAGGUCGACGGGACAGAGGACUUAGAGACUGGCACCACAGACCAGCAGAAAUUUACCGCGUCAGUAUCACUCUCAUCUGAGCAGCGCGAGAAAGAGAAACGUUACGGCAGAGAUGCAUGGGAAUGGGCUGAGAACGAACUCAAGGAAGCCUUGUCCAACAUACUAUCAGAGGCUACUCACCAUCGGCAUGUCGUCGUUUUUAUCGAUGCACUUGACGAAUGCGGAGAAGACCCCGCAAAGAGCUUGCUAGCGUAUUUCAGAGACCUUAUUCACCAGGCAAAAAGCAAGCAUGCGCGAUUCAGAAUAUGUCUGUCCUCAAGACACUACCCGAUCCUUGCGCUUGACACCAUACCCUCGAUACAAGUGGAGAAAAUGAAUGAUCAGGAUAUACGAUGGUAUGUCCGGGAGCGGUUGAAAGACAUUACGUCAGAGACAAAGCGUGAGCAGAUCCAGGCUGAGAUUCUAUCUAAAUCCAAUGGUGGAUUUCAAUGGGUGUUUCUUGUGACCAGGGGCAUAGUUGACAAGAACUUGAAUGGCAUCAAAGCAGAGAAACUCCUCGAAAAAAUCGCCACCUGCCCGAAAACACUGAGCAAAAUGUACGAAACAAUUCUCAAUGGAGUUCCAGCAGCGGACCAGCAUCAAAUGAUAAAGGUCUUCCAGUGGGUACUCUUCGCCGAAAGACCCUUGUCUGCCCAAGAGCUUCGGGAUGCGCUUGCUACCGAUAAGAACAUGAGUUAUAGGACUGCCCGCGAUCUUCGAACUCAUGAAGGUUGGUCCGACACUUUGGUCGAUUUCGAGAGAUACGUCAAGCACAUCUCCAGAGGUCUAAUCUGCUUCCAAAGCCGCGAACUAUGGGAGCAAUAUGAACUCAAUGGACCAGACUCAGAUCGCGAGGCUCAACUCAUCGAUCAGUCGGUGGCCGAUUUCCUGAAAGAAGAGUUUUCCGGUCUCUUUGGCAAUCAUUUAACUGCAGCACACUCUUUCAUAGGAUCUAGUCAACUACAGAUAUCAAGGUCUUGUCUUCGAUACAUGAUUUUGGAAGAUAUACUAGAGGAUGCUACCCUACCAAGAGGUGUUGUCUCAUCUAAGUCUCCGUUAGCACCGUACGCCGUACGGUUCUUGUUUACGCACAUUACGGAAGUAGAAAAAGAAGGCGUCCACCAAUCUGACUUGAUUUCCGUAAUGCAAUGGACGCCGAACUCUGAGAUUAUGCGCAGGCUUGCCACUCUAUGGAGAGCUCUCGAUCCAGAUAGCCGAUACAAACCUUUCGGGUGGCCAUUCAUUCAAGCAACGGCCUUGCAUGUCUCUGUGUCCUUUGGAUCUAUGAGUGCGGUCGAUACACUGCUAGACUCAGGUUUCAAAGAGUUCGAAGGCAGGGACGCUGACGGAGAUACUUCAUUGAUGCUCGCCAUCACAAAGGGCUACCAGGACAUCGCUUUAGUGCUGCUAGAUCGAAUAAUGGACUGCGAAGGCCAGCAGAGACAGCAUAAUGCCAACAAAGAUUGCGGUGUCACGCCCCUUUCAGUGGCAUGUGCUACCGUCAUCAACGCACAGAACAACAACGGUGAAACAGCACUCGAUUUUGCUCUAGAGUACAACAUGCGUGGGGUCGUUUUCAAACUCGUCGAAGCAGGUGCUAGCCCCGAACACUUAGGGCGGCAGGCCGCAUUAAUAGCUCAUGUUAUCAGCCAUGGGGAUAUGAAACUUCUCUCGAUACUGAUUGAAAAGAAAGUCAAGCUCGAUGGUGCCGUAUUCUUCGCACUCAAAGAACAGCCGCCUUUGCAAGACUCCGUUUUAGAAGGCAUGAUCUUUCAGCUACUCAGCGCCGGGGCCAACACAGCUAGAUCAUCAGAAUUGGAUAUUCGUCCUGAGAGGCAAGACGACUACGACACUGACGAUGAAGAUAUUAGCGAUUAUGAUACCGAUGCACUUGAAUUAGUUUCUAGGAGAGGUCUCACUGACGUGGUCGAGAUGCUCUUGCAACAUGGUGCACCGGUAGCUUUACAGAAUGAUCUUGGAGAAUGUCCUUUAAUGAUCGCAACAAGAAACCGUCACAAAGAAAUUGUUCGAAUUUUGCUCUCGAGAGCGCCAUCAUUGGUAGAGAUGGAAGACGCCUAUGGUUCAACAGCUUUGGAUGAAGCGUUUUCGAGUGAACCAGAGAUCAUGAAACUUUUACUGCAAGAAGGAGAAUUCUCGACCCCAACAACGUCUUGCAAGACCUAUUUCUCGAAUCUGCACGAGACGGAUUGGCUAUUUAUAUUGAAACUAUUCUACAACGUUGACCCUGAUUCGAAGGACAACAGCGGAUCCACGCCGCUUUUGCAUGCGGCAAGGAAUGGAAACAGCGUGAUAGUCCAGCAGCUGUUAGACACAGGCAAAGUCAAUGCCGAUGCUAAGGACAACAAUGGAUGGACACCGCUAUUGUGGGCAGUAUCUAAUGGAUGCGAAGUGGUAGUUAGACAGCUGCUAGACACAGACAAAGUCAAUGCUGAUGCUGACGACAAUAAUGGAUGGACAACAUUGUUGUGGGCAGCAUAUAGCGGACAUGAAGCAGUAGUUAAGCAGCUGCUAGACACAGGAAAAGUUGAUGCUAAUACUAAGGACAAGCAUGGAUGGAUGCCGCUGCUGUGGGCAGCACACGAAGGACACGAAGCGGUAUUCACCCAUCAUUACGCAAAGUCUAAUCACCAGCCGACGAAAUUACCUCACAUCUGCAAAGACAAGUCCGGUAGAUAA